AUGGCCGGCGCUCCCUGGUCAGACAAGGGCAAGACAGAGUCGGGAGGACCCAUCACGCAGGUUGAGGCUCACGCUGCCAACCAGCAUGAAGUCGACUACGAGAAGCAUGGCGCCAGUCGUGAAUCGAAUCCGCUGCCGGACUUGAAGCGGAAGUUGAAGAGUCGUCAUCUGCAGAUGAUUGCCAUCGGUGGUACAAUCGGCACCGGUCUCUUCAUCGGUAGUGGUACCGCGAUUGCCAAUGCUGGUCCCGUCGGGGCGCUGAUUGCGUACAUCUUCGUCGGCACCAUUGUCUACUCGGUCAUGUCGGCACUGGGUGAGAUCGCGACAUACAUCCCCAUUCCCGGUGCCUUCACCUCGUACGCGGCGCGCCUGAUCGACCCUAGUCUGGGUUUCUCUAUGGGUUGGAUCUAUUGGUUCUCGUGGGCGUCGACAUUCGCAUUGGAACUCACCGCCACCGGUCUCAUCAUUCAAUUCUGGGACGAGUCGAUUCCGAUCGCCAUCUUUAUUGCCAUCUUCUGGGUCAUGAUUGUCAUUUUCAACAUGCUGCCCGUGGGAUUCUAUGGAGAAAUGGAAUUUUGGUUCUCCAGCAUCAAGGUCUUGACCGUGAUCGGCUUCAUGAUCUUUGCGAUCUGCAUGAACGCUGGUGUGGGCAAGGAGGGUUAUAUCGGUUUCCGUUACUGGGUGCAUCCCGGCCCCUUUGUGCCCCAUCUGAUCGAGGGGAAUCCGGCUCUGGCCAAGUUCAUCGGCUUCUGGUCCUGCUUGAUCCAGGCCGGUUUCUCCUACCAGGGUACCGAGCUGGUCGGUAUUGCCGCCGGUGAGACCGAGAACCCGCGCAAGACUGUCCCCGCGGCGAUUCGCAAAACCUUCUUCCGAAUUGUCUUCUUCUUCAUUCUGACCAUCUUCUUCAUCGGCAUCGUGGUUCCCUCGGACGACCCUGGCUUGGUGGCCAGCGGCGUGGACGCCUCUAACGCGAACGGUUCGCCCUUUGUCGUCGCGGCUCGUCGCGCUGGCGUCAACGUUCUGCCCAGCAUCAUCAACGCCGUUCUCUUGACCGUGGUACUCUCGGCCGCCAACUCCAACGUCUACAGUGGAAGCCGUAUCCUGAUCGGUCUGGCGCAGGAAGGCUUUGCCCCGCGCUUGUUCAAGCGCACCAGCAAGGGCGGUGUGCCGUACUACGCGGUCGCCUUCACGGCUCUGUUCGGCCUGCUCGGCUUCCUCAAUGUCUCCAACUCGGGCUCCACCGUGUUCAGCUGGUUGUUGCAGAUUUCCGGUGUGGCAGGCUUCAUCACCUGGGCGUCCCUGAACGGCUGCCACUUGGCCUUCCAGCGGGCCCUCCAUGCUCGCAACAUCUCCCGUGAUGUGCUUCCGUACAAGGCGAUCUUGCAGCCCUGGUUGUCCUGGUACGGUCUCUUCUUCAACUGUCUGAUUAUCCUGACGCAGGGAUUCACCUCCUUCAUCGGUGGAUUCGACGUGCAAGGCUUCUUCAUCAACUAUCUCAGCUUGAUUCUCUUUGUGGUCCUGUAUCUCGGUCACAAGAUCAUUUUCCGUCCGGCCUUUGUCAAGCCCAUUGAGGCGGACUUGGAUACCGGUCGAACCACCGCCGACAGUGAACACUGGGAGACUGCUGAGCCCACUACCUGGUACGGUAAGUUGUGGCACUGGAUCAGCGGUUGA